AAUCUUGCAAAAUUGGACAAACCCUCUGCGACUUUGUACGACAACAAGAAGUCGUACCUGCGAACCGUGCUCGGAAGGGAAGCGCCAUCAGCGAAGAUGGUACUACCUCCUGCACCACGCAACCUCAAAGGAAUACCUCAAUUUCUAGCGAGGAGCAAACUGUGCAGGGAGCUAAUAUACAAAAGUCGGGAUACCGUUCGUUUAACAGAUCUGCCUCCUCUAGGCAAAAGCCGAACCCGACAUCAAAAUUAAAAGACACCCUUAGCAGAAAGCCCACUUGCAAGCAGGGCACACUUUCUGCACACACGAGCACUAGCAGCACCACUUCAAUUCAGUCAUCACCCAUCGAGCCAGCUUCCUCUCUACCCACGCUAAACACCACGCCUACACUACCGGCAGCCAGCAAAAGCAAUCUAUUUGUGCGAGUGCUACGACGCUUUUCAAGUAACUCCCUUCCGGGCAAGACGGCGUUAAGCCCAAAAAACGUAGACGACGUACCGAAAGUCAACGACAACAACAACGGCGCUCUGAGCAAACAGCAAUCGAUCGAUGUAGAGGUGCUUCGCUCUCAGGACAACCAGAGCAAGAAACAGAAUGAGGACGGAAUGGAUGGCAAAACAGAGCCUGCAGAUGCCAUAACCCACCAGAAAGCUGGUCUUACUUUGGGCAAACCUAAAAAAGACAAGUCUGUCAAGGGGACGUCGCAAGCGGUUUCUUCAGACACCAAGAAAAUGGAGGCCAGGAAGUCCUCCUCGGACACGGUGAUCGAGCCAUUGAUCAAGCAGCAGGCGCCACUGCACUCGUCAAAGACCACGCCAACGACUUUGACGGCGAACUUUGUGCAAAAUAUUCGAUUCGUCCGUAAAAAUGUGGAACAGUCAGGCAGGAACACCAAUCCGCUGCAGUUCGUUGAACUGGAGACGGAGUUUCCUCGGGACUAUGACGACAACAUCGAGAUGCUUUCCCGCGAGGCAGAGCAUCUGGAGGAGCAGUUCCGCACGCCAACGCGCUCCAAUGCUACAGACGCCACUUCCCACCAUGUGGCCGGAAUCAUCGACAACAUAAUAACCGAAGCGUCACGGAGUCUUACAAUCGAAAAGACUGAAGAUGAUGUGCCAUUGAAGUCUUCUACCAAGCACUCAAGUGGUGUAAAACGCGUUGGCUUUCAAGUAGAGGAUAAGGACGAUACCGAAGUUCAGAGCGAAAAGCAGGCAAAGAGCAUCGACGAUAUAACCAAAAAGACGGAGAGCUCCGAAGCUAGCGCAGAGGAAGCUACUGUCACCGGGUCCUCGACAGAUGCAUAUGCAUCCCUGCUGCCCUCUACGUCGACGGUAUCCACUACAUCUUCAGCUACAUCGAUAACCAAGAGCAAAAGCGAUGAGGACGAUGAUCCGGUGGCCAUGUCGCCGUGCGGACGAUUCUUUAAGUACGAUAAGGAAGUCGGACGUGGAUCCUUUAAAACUGUAUAUCGUGGCCUGGACACGUUGACGGGUGUUCCUGUUGCCUGGUGCGAAUUAUUGGACAAGCAAGUAAAAAAAAGUGAACGUACCAGAUUCCGCGAGGAGGCAGACAUGCUGAAGAAACUUCAGCACCCAAACAUUGUGCGGUUCUAUACAUAUUGGGAGUUUCCCAUUGGCCGCAAGAAAAAUAUUGUACUAGUCACCGAACUAAUGUUAUCUGGAACUUUAAAAUCCUAUUUGAAACGAUUCAAGAAAAUACACCCAAAGGUAUUGAAGUCAUGGUGUCGCCAGAUCCUAAAAGGCCUAAACUUCCUGCAUACUCGUCAAUUUCCUAUAAUUCAUCGUGAUUUGAAAUGUGAUAAUAUUUUUAUAACUGGCACCACUGGUAGUGUUAAAAUCGGCGACUUGGGCUUGGCAACUUUGAAAAACCGCUCCCACGCGAAAUCUGUGAUUGGUACGCCGGAGUUCAUGGCCCCGGAAAUGUACGAGGAGCAUUACGACGAGUCGGUGGACGUAUAUGCAUUUGGCAUGUGCAUGUUAGAGAUGGCCAUUUCCGAAUAUCCUUACAGUGAGUGCAAGGGUCCGGCCCAGAUCUACAAAAAGGUGAUUUCAGGAAUUAAGCCAGCGGCGCUAGCUAAGGUGGAGGAUCCUAACGUGCGCGACAUCAUCGAACGGUGCAUUGAACUAAAAAAGGAGGAUCGACCCAGCUGCAAUGAACUGCUAGAAUCUGAGUUCUUUGACGAGGAUAUUGGUAUACGUGUAGAGCCAACUGCUUCGGAACAGUUCCUUUCUGAUCCGAGCAUCAGCAUCAUCGAGUUCCGACUGCGAUUUAUGGACCCCAAGAAGCGCUCGUCCCGUCAUAAGGAAAACGAGGCAAUCCAGUUUGAGUACAACAUCAAGCAUGAUGAGUACGAACAGAUUGCGCAAGAAAUGAUGAAGGAAAAUAUUAUAUCUGAGGACGACUCUCGCGCUGUAGCUCGGCUUUUAAAGGUGCAAGUGGUGUCGUUGCUAAAGGAACGUGCCCAGCGUCAAACUCAAAUCAAGCUGCAAAACGAAAAGUCUCGUUUGGAAAAAUUGGCAUUGCAAAAGCAACGUGAGAGUUUGCCGACCAACGUCGAUGAAGAUGAGGAAGAGGAGGAUGAGUCCGAGGACGAGGAGGAUGGCGUAAAAUGGAAUCAGCGCCUGCAGCUAAGAUAUGACCUGCUUAACACUGAUUCAGAAACAAGCCUUGCUCUAUCCACGAACAGCGUCGAACCGCAACAGCUGUCCACUCGGUCAAACACUUCGAUUCCGAACAGUGGCAUACAGCAACCUGUUCAGGUCCCAGGUCAAGUCGCUGUUUCCCAGUUGAUCUCGGUGCAGCCACAGGCUAUUCCGUCACCGGCUGUUCCCAUGCAACAGAAGCCAACUGUGCACUACAUUCAACCGCCACAGCUGGCGUCAUAUCAAAACUCGAAUGCACCGAUGCAGGAGAUGACCAAUAACCAGGUCAUAUCGCCGACGGGCAGUCAACAGAUGCAACAGCAACCACCUGUAGUGGCAUCGACAGUGAAUCAUCAGGUCAUGCCACAGCAACAAGUCAACCAACAGCAGCCACAAAUGAUGCAGCAGAUACCCCAGCAAGUUCAAGUACAGCAAGUUGCUUCGCAACAACAGCCCCAAACUGUUUUGCCGCCGCAGCAACAUGAGCAGCAGCCACAGCAACAACAACAGCCACUGCAGCAGCAACUGCAGCAGCUUAUGCACCCUAACGUGCAAGCUCCGGAUUUGACUCAACAGCAACAAAUGGCUCAGCAACAGGCCCAGCAAUAUUUUCAGCAGCAACAGCCUCAACAGGCCGUUAACAUGCAACAAGCUUAUGCAAUGCAGCAAGCAGGCCAGCAGCAACAGCUUUCGCAGCCUCUUCAAAUUCAGCAGCAGAUCUUGCAGCAACAACAAGCUGCUGUCUCACAUCAGCAGCAGAUUAUGCACCAGCAACUGGCCCAGCAUCAGCUGCAACAACUCCAGCAGCAACAGCUUCAACAACAACAACUACAACAGCAGCAGCAACAGCAGAUGCAACAACAGCAACUCCAACAACAACAACUUCAACAACAGCAAUUCGUACAGCAGUAUGCGCAGGCUAUGCCGCAGCAACAACAUCAGCAACUCGUUACGGGAUCGCAAGUGAUGGCACCGCAUCAGCACCAGCAACCUAUUCAGAUCCCAGUUCAGAUUCAAGUUCCACCAACUUCUGUGGCUCCUCAAAUACAGCAGACCUACAACCAACAGGGCGCACAAGUAACACUUAGUGAUCCCCAACAGCAACAGCAUCCCGCUUUCUCGGCCUUACCACCACAGCCAGCGCAAUUUAUACAACAGCCCACUCAGCAACCCAUACAGUUAUCAAUGCCUUUGGAGCAACAAUUGCAGCAAUUGCUGCAUAGCCAGCCAGCCCAACAAAACCAACAAGCUAUAAGUCAUCAGCAGCAACAGUCCUUGGUGCAACAGCAACAACAGCCUUUGGUCCAACAGCAACAACAGCCUUUGGUCCAACAGCAGUCGCCUUUGGUCCACCAUCAGCAGCCUCUGGUUCAACAUCAGCAGCCUUUGGUACAACAGCAACCACAGCCCCAGACACAGCAACCAAUCGUAAUUCAGCAACAGCCACAGCAGCAACCUGCAGUGGAUCAAAUCUCACAGAUUUCUUCGCAAGGGACUGUGCAACAGGAAAAUUUGCAGGUAAUACAAGUCAACAAAGAAGCAAAUGUCGCAACGGAAGCAAUGUCUGUAAAUAGCGUCCAUGGUACCCUCGAAACUGCACCGAAGACAGAAACCCAGAACUCUGCUGAUGCGGAUAAGCAACAAAAGCAGCCAGGCGCGGGCACACGCUCCCAGAAACCGAGGCGAUCCAACCGGAGCGGAAACGAAAGGAUUCCCAAACUAAGUGUUACCAGCGUCGACGAGGGCAGCGUCAUCAACUGCCACAUGGAAAACAAACUUAAAACGAUUACAUUUAAAUUCGACAUAGGAGAUGUAAAUCCGGUUGAAAUAGCCAAUAAAUUGAUUGCCCAAGAUUUGCUUUCUAAUUGUCAAAGUACAGUUUUUGUGGAAAUGAUCAAUGAAAUUGUUGACCAAGUCAAACAGAAUCCUAAUCAAAUCCCUAUACCGACUAAUUAUCGCCGCAAUAUUGAAAAGGUCCGACACGCGUCUCUAACUCGACAGCGUUCCACGUUUAGGUCACACCAAAGACAUAGAUCUCGGGAUGAAACCGCCAGCGAUAUCACAAAGAUGUUCGAGCCCACUAUCCAUGGGGUUGAAACCCUGCCAUCCGGUGGAGGAGGCGCUGAACAGUCGAACUCAAACUUGACUUUAGAGGCCAGGUCCCAUGUACCCAACCUACCAAAUGCGAAGGAACCACAGCCGAAUGUCAGCACUCCGCCCACAACCACUUCGACCAUGUCUUCCUCAUCAACCGCAUCGAGGGAUGCGCCCAAUAGCAGCAAUGACGUGACCAUCGGUUCUGGUUCCGUUUCUCGAAAAACGAGCACGGCCUCGGAGUACACUUCGCUAUCGAUUGACUAUAUGCCCGACAGCAACAUUACUCCAACUGGUCCGGAGCCACCGCUUGACAAUGGAAAGGAUAAGAAGCCUUGCUCCUUUGCUAUAGCUAGAAUGCAAAAGCUCUUGGAGUCGGCCGGCAAUGGUGCUCCUCGUAGUCUGAAUUUGCCCCUGAAUCGUCACUUAAAGAUUCAAGAAGACUUGAAGCAUACUAGAAGUCUUGACGAUUUGACAGCAGUGAAAAUAACCUUUGACAUGCCCAACAAGGCCGCAUUAGGAACUUCGGAAAACGCUCAGCAAGGCACAGAAGCGGAAGCGGAGAAGCCAAAAGAUAAGUCCGCACAGGCUGUAGGCAACCAGGGAACCGGAGCAGCCAAUACUCUAGAGCAGUUAAAAAUAGAACUGGAGAACAUAACUCAUGCUCACGCUUUCGCUUCCGCUGUAGUGGCCUCGAUUAACAACAGAGCUCCUCACCAAGCUUCCCCAGCAAUGUCCUCCCUAAUGGCCACCUCUGGACAACCGCAAACACAAGAGAUAAUCAAGUCAAAUAACGGAGCAGGAACUUCAGCACCCUCAGUGGGUCAGAAUACUCCCACUGCAGCAUUAACAUCCGCCAGGGGCUCAGGCUCAUCCGUCUACAACUCACGGCGCACAUCCAUCGACAACAGCAUGGGAUCCGAUGUGCACCUGCACACUACCACUAAUCUGGAAGGGACAGUGAGCAACUCGGAUCCUACUCCAACUGAGGCAUCGGUUGGAAUUACUAUCGGCACGGGACAUGAGAAGCAACUUUCCAAGCAGCCCAGCUUGGAAAAACCAUCUACGACUUCCAUAUUAACGAACAGCAGUGAUCCUCCGCAAAGAAAUCCCAGCAAUGGAUCAAUUAACCAAAAUUCAAUUGCGGAUUUGGAAAAGAAAUUGGCUGCUUUGCGAAAUACCGAAAACACAGAAGAGUCUUCAUCAGCCACAUUGUCUGUGGUUUCUAAACAAGUUGAAGAAGUCGUUAACCCAAGCGCGCGUAAAAUUUCGCGUUUCAGUGUCAGUCGUGUGCAGGAGCAGAAAACUUCAACCGGAGUGGAAGAACCUGCUCAGGGUCAACUGAAGAUCGACCUCCAAGUCGCCGGCCCUGGAGGCCAGGUGCAGACCAACAACUCCGUUCAGAACGGCAGCGUGGUCAACACUCCAACCGAAGUCAUCAGCUCUCCCAUUCAAAAUGUUCCGCUGGCUAUUAACGGAAUUCAGCUGAUAUACCAACAGCCCCAGCAAAUCCACCAGUUACCAGGUGGAACCUCAACUACUACAAGUGGAGCAGGGGCACAGUGCAUUGUGGUACCUCAAGUUGUUAAUGGCACCCAUGUGCAACAGCUAUCUAACAUACAACCACAGCAGCAGAGUGUACAUCCAAAUAUGACACAACAGCCGCAGCAAACACCACUUAAUGGGCUCCCAUCAAUGGUUAACACUCUUCAGCAGCAGCCACAACAACAACCCUUACCGAUGCAGACGAUUCAGUCGCAGCAGCAGCAGAAUCAAAUGCCUAUCAUCUCGCAACAACAGCAGCAGCAGAUCCUUAUGCAGCAGCAGCAGCAACAGCAACAGGGAUCCCAGCAAGCAUCACAACAAUUUAAUUUGCCAGGCACACAACAGACUCAUCCUCAGCACCAAUUCAUCCAGUCGCAGCCCAACCAACUUCACACGCUGCCACCACAGGUGGUGAGCAUGGCUCAGGGAAAUCUGCCGCAUCAGCUUCCACCCAUGCAGACUAUGGGUGCCCAACAGCAAAUGAUCUCGCAACAACAGCAUCAGUUGCAGAUGCAAUCGCACAUGCACCAACAAAACGUGCCCGGAAUGUACAACCAGCAGGCUGGAGCUCGUGUGGCAGCACCUCAAAAUUUUGCCAGUGCUGUGCCAAAUCAUUUGUUGCAGCAGUCCCCUUUGAUGGGGUCUCAGCAGCCAGCACAGACCAUGCAACACGUAAUGCAACCAAUUUUUAAUGCAACGUCUGGUGAAGUUACCGAAGAGCCUGUAUCUUUAGCAGCUACGCAUCCGCAUCUGCUUCCGAGCGAUAUUCAAUCCGAUAUAAAGCACAAUUUAGACACAUUAGUGAACCAAUUGUGCAAUACGCGCUUGGGUACCAACCAGCACCAACGGCUGUUGCUGUUGCGUCAGAGACAACUCAUCGAAGAGGACGAGCUGCGUCUUAAACAUUAUGUGGAAUACGAAAAGUUUCAAAAGGCACUGCGCCAAUCUAUUAGCACAAACGUUCCAGCUAAUGCAGCUUACUAUUCUUCGGCUGCCGCACAGCUUCCAACCAAUUUGGCGGCUCCAGCAGCUCCGUCCUCAUCGAAUCCGACGUCCACUAGCUCCGCAAACACAUAACUUCUCUAAAUGUUUUGCUUCAUGCACUUUUGACAAGCCAUACUAACAGCUCUACUCGAUGUUCUCGGCAAUAUAAUUGGCUCGAGCGGGUGGACGUGGAUCUGGAGGUAGAUUUUAAGUAAAAAGUUGUCGAAUGUUACGGGGUUGUCUGUAAAUAUUAGUCAAACGCUUCUUGUUGAUAUGCCAUUGUUUUAUAUUUCUCUUUCUGUUUCAUUUUUUAUUUAAAAUUCCUUAUUUCCCAACUUGGCUUUCGUUUAUUUGUUUAAAAUGAAUAUUAAAUUUUUUGUAUGAACUUUUUAAGGAAAUUGUACAUUUUAUUAGUAAAAGGAACUGUAAAUAAACAUUUCGAUAAUGUAAUAAUUUAACAA